CUUCCUAAUCAGACUCUGUUGAUAAAUCUUGUCAUGCAGAAUUCCCUUAAGCGACUUCCCACCACUGAGUUACUGGCUUGUAGUUUCCUAGCUUGCCCUUGCUUUGCUUCUUAAACAACAUGAACCAUCUUCCAGUGAUUGUUGGAUUCAGUCAAGGGAUGGAGGACAAACAUGCAUCAAUCUACAUCGGGAUAUCCGAGGUGGAAGGAGUUAGCGGCUUUAAAUUCCUAGGCAUUAAUAUAUUGGUGACCAGUCCUGAGCCUAGCAUAUUGACAUAAUCCUAAAGAAAGCAUGCUAUAAUAGAAUUCAAACAACAGUUUGAGAGGGAAAAGCUUAAAGUCAGAUGUAUCAGUAUAACAGUGGAGUAAAGGGAGCUAGGGAAGCAUAAGAGAGGAACUGGCCUAAGUUGAUUGGAAUGGGACACUAGCAGGGAUGAUGGCAGAACAGCAAUGUCUGGAGUUUCUGGGAGCAAUUUGGAAGGUGCAAGAUAGAUACCUUCCAAAGAAGAAGAGGUACAGGUAUUCUAAAGUGAAGCUGAGGCAACAGUAGCAGACAUAGGAAGUCAAAGACAGCAUAAAAGCAAAAGAAAGUGCAUGCAAUACAGCAGAACUUAGUGGAAAGCUAGAGGAUUCAAAAGUUUUUUAAAAAACCAACAGAAGGCAACUAUAAAAGCAAUAAGAAGAGAAAAGAUGAAAUAAUGAAGGUAAGCUAGCCAGUAAUAUAAAAAGAGGAUACCAAAGUUAUUUUCAGAUAUAUGAAGAGUAAAAGAGGGGCAAGAGUGAAUAUCGGACUGCUGGAAAAUGACACUGGAGAGGUAGUAAAAAAAGGACAAAAAUGGCAGAAAGACUCAAUAAAUAUUUUUCAUCUGUCCACACUGUGGAUAGCACCAGGAGUACGCCAGAAAUUCAAAAAUGUCAGGGUGUGGAAGUUCAAAGUCAAUUUACUAUCAAAGUACAUAUAUGUCACCAUUUGAAUCUGAGAUUCAUUUUCUUGCAGGUGUACACAAUAAAUACAAGGAACACAAUAGAAUCAAUGAAAGACCAUACCCAACAGGAUGGACAAACAAACUGUGCAAAUACAAAAAGAAAGAAAAAAGAUAAAUAAACAAAUAAGAAAUAAAUAUCGAGAACAUGAAAUGAGGAGUUCUGGAAAGACGGUCCUUACAGUAGGUUGUGGGAACUGUUCCGUGAUGGGGCAAGUGAAAUUGAGUGAAGCUAUCUCCCCUGGGUCAAGAGCCUGAUGGUUGAAGGAUCUUAAAAAUGUCAAGCAGAGUACUUGAUAAAAUUGAUACUGGACAACUUGUUAGCCUUCUAUCCAAUAACCUCAACAAAUUUGAUGAGGGUGUAGCAGUUGCCCACUAUGUAUGGAUUGCACCAGUGCAAGUAGUUCUUCUAAUGGGAUUACUCUGGAAUGAACUGACCGAAUUUGCGUUUUGUGGAUUGGGUUUCUUAAUAAUGCUUGCUCUUUUCCAAGCCUGGCUGGGGAAGAAGAUGAUGCAAUACAGAGACAAACGUGCAGGAAAAAUAAAUGAACGACUUGCAAUUACCUCUGAAGUUAUUGACAAUAUACAGUCAGUGAAAGUGUAUUGCUGGGAAGAUGCAAUGGAAAAGAUUAUUAAUAACAUAAGACAGGUGGAACUAAAGCUGACCAGAAAAGUUGCCUACUGCAGAUACUUCAGCAGUUCAGCUUUCUUUUUCUCCGGCUUUUUUGUUGUGUUUCUGUCUGUGGUGCCCUAUGCUUUCACACGUACCAUAAAACUGCGUAGGAUAUUCACCACCAUAUCGUACAACAUCGUCCUUCGAAUGACAGUUACCAGGCAGUUUCCAACUUCAAUACAAAUAUGGUAUGAUUCUUUGGGAACUAUACGUAAAAUACAGGACUUCCUACAUAAAGAUGAACAUAAAACUGUGGAAUACAACUUGACGACAAAGGAAGUUGAGGUGGAAAAUGUCACAGCAUCUUGGGAUGAGGGAAUUGGAGAGUUAUUUGAAAAAGUUAAACGGAAUGAUUCUGAGAAUAAGAUGGGAAGUGGCGAUGAAGGACUGUUUUUCAGCAACUUCUCUCUGCAUGUUACUCCCGUUUUGAAAAAUAUCAGCUUUAAAUUAGAGAAAGGAGAACUGCUGGCUGUGGCUGGGUCCACGGGAUCUGGCAAGAGCUCACUUUUGAUGAUGAUAAUGGGAGAACUGGAGCCGUCAGAAGGCAAAAUUAAACACAGUGGGAGGAUUUCCUUCUCACCACAGGUGCCCUGGAUAAUGCCUGGAACUAUUAUGGAAAACAUCAUAUUUGGACUUUCAUUUGAUGAAUACAGAUAUACCAGUGUUGUCAGUGCAUGCCAAUUGGAAGAGGAUAUCACACUGUUUCCGAACAAGGAUAAGACUGUCCUCGGAGAAGGAGGGAUUACUCUCAGUGGAGGUCAGCGAGCACGAAUCUGUUUGGCAAGGGCACUGUAUAAAGAUGCUGAUCUAUAUCUACUGGAUUCACCAUUUAGUCACCUAGAUUUGACAACAGAGAAGAACAUUUUUGAAAGCUGUCUUUGUAAACUCAUGGCAAACAAAAUUCGAAUCUUGGUGACUUCAAAACUGGAGCACUUGAAGAAGGCAGAUAAAAUUCUACUUCUGCAUGAGGGCCACUGCUACUUCUACGGAACCUUCUCUGAACUUCAGGGUGAAAGGCCCGACUUCAGUUCACAGCUUCUGGGUUCAGAGGAUUUCGACAAUUUUAGUGCUGAAAGAAGAAGCUCGAUUCUGACCGAAACCCUUCGCCGCUGUUCUGUAUCUUCAGGAGACGGGGCGGGUUUAGGUGGCUUCAGUGAAACUCGGAAAGCAUCGUUUAAGCAACCACCAACAGAACUUAUUGAGAAAAGAAAAUCCUCACUUAAGCUCAAUCCACUAACUUCAAACAAGAAUUUUUCCCUCAUACAAACAGCUUUGCCAUAUCCACAGACAAACGGGAUGGACGAUGGCGACAAUGAGUCAGGGGAAAGGCGCUUUUCCAUCAUUCCUGAGAAUGAACUGGGGGAGCCCGCACAGCCCCGCAGUAAUUUAUUCAAAAGCGAGAUGUCAUUUCGUUCUCAUCGUCGCCAGUCUGUUCUGGCUCUCAUGACUAACUCUCCCACAGCUCAGAGUAAAACUCACUUGCGCCAUAGUGCGGUACGCAAGCUCUCCUUAGCCUCUCAGACCAACUUUGCUUCUUCAGAUAUUGAUAUUUACUCAAGACGUCUAUCUGAAGAUGGAUCUUUUGAAUUUAGUGAAGAAAUAAAUGAAGAAGAUCUAAAGGAAUGCUUCAGUGAUGAAGAGGAUAUCCGUAAUGUUACUACAACAUGGAGCACUUACCUCAGAUAUGUUACACUAAAUCGCAGCUUGGUUGCCGUGCUCAUCCUUUGCCUUGUUAUCUUUUCAGCCGAGGUGGCUGCUUCCUUGGUUGGACUUUUCAUAAUCUACGGGUUAAAAGGAGAUACUGGAUCAGCAACUAAUGACACCUCAACCAGCCUCUCCAACCUUUCUAUAUUUUCUAAAUUUAUUACCAAUGAGAGUUAUUAUUACAUAUUUUACAUCUAUGUGGGACUUGCAGACAGCUUCCUUGCACUUGGUGUGAUUCGAGGACUCCCUUUGGUUCAUACCCUUGUAACCGUCUCCAAGGAUCUUCAUAGACAAAUGUUACAUUCAGUUCUCCAAGCACCCAUGACUACAUUCAACAAGAUGAAAGCAGGCAGGAUUCUAAACCGAUUCAUCAAAGACACUGCCAUCAUUGACGAUAUGCUGCCACUCACUGCUUUCGACUUUGUGCAGUUGAUACUGAUUGUUGUGGGCGCCAUCAGUGUAGUGUCCGUUUUGCAACCGUACAUUCUGCUGGCUGUGGUUCCGGUGACUGUUAUUUUCAUUACGCUGAGGGCUUAUUUCCUCCGGACCUCGCAGCAGCUGAAGCAGCUGGAAUCGGAAGCUCGCAGCCCUAUUUUCAGCCACCUCAUCACAUCACUGAGAGGCCUGUGGACAGUGAGAGCAUUUGGCCGACAGGCUUACUUCGAAUCACUUUUCCACAAGUCUUUGAACCUCCAUACUGCAAACUGGUUUCUCUACCUCUCGACUCUGCGCUGGUUCCAGAUGAGGAUUGACAUUGUAUUUGUCGUCUUCUUUAUUGCAGUCACUUUCAUCUCCAUAGCAACACACAACGUCCAGGAAGGAAAAGUUGGAAUUAUCCUUACCUUAGCCAUGAACAUCAUGAGCACUCUUCAAUGGGCUGUUAAUUCAAGCAUAGAUGUGGAUAGUCUGAUGCGAUCUGUCAGUCGUAUUUUUAAAUACAUUGACAUACCCCCCGAAGGAUCUGAAGACAAGAUCCAACAUAAUGACGACAGCCCAUUGGAUGCACUUGUGAUUGAGAACAAACAUCUCACCCAUAAGUGGCCGUCUGGAGGCCAAAUGAUGGUGAGCAAUCUCACAGCCAAGUAUACGAACGAUGGGCGAGCAGUGCUGCAGGACCUCUCCUUCUCCGUGAAUGCAGGACAAAGGGUUGGACUGCUCGGACGGACAGGUGCUGGGAAAAGCACAUUACUUUCUGCAUUUUUGCGCCUCCUGUCCACUGAAGGGGAGAUACAGAUUGAUGGAAUCUCCUGGAACUCGGUCUCUCUGCGAAAGUGGAGGAAGGCAUUUGGUGUCAUCCCACAGAAAGUCUUUGUGUUCUCUGGGACCUUCCGGAAGAAUCUAGAUCCUUAUGAACAGUGGACUGAUGAGGAGAUCUGGAAAGUCACUGAAGAGGUUGGCUUGAAAUCAAUGAUUGAACAAUUUCCAGAUAAUCUCAACUUUGUUUUGGUGGAUGGUGGCUAUAUCCUCAGCAAUGGGCACAAGCAGCUCAUGUGUUUGGCUCGAUCCAUUCUCAGCAAGGCCAAAAUCCUGUUGCUUGAUGAACCUACAGCUCAUCUGGACCCUGUGACAUUCCAAAUCAUAAGGAAGACGCUUAAACAUACAUUUUCAAAUUGUACCGUUAUACUCUCGGAACAUAGAAUAGAAGCUCUCCUUGAAUGCCAGCGAUUUUUGGUAAUUGAAGGAUGUUCAGUCAAACAGUUCGAUGCUCUGCAGAAGCUUCUCACUGAAGCAAACCUUUUCAAGCAGGUCUUUGGACAUUUGGACCGUGCAAAGCUUUUUGCAGCUCAUAGACGGAACUCAAGCAAAAGGAAAACACGACCUAAAAUAACUGCCUUACAGGAGGAGGCAGAAGAAGAACUCCAAGAAACAAGGUUAUGAAGCUACAAAGACCAAAAUACACAAAGUUCUCUCGAAUCUAUUGAAAGCCGAGAGCUUCACAACUGCAGAACAGAACUCUGCAAUAUUCCUAGCAAACUGGCCAUUAUAUAACUGUAUCCUGUUCAAAUCUUCAUGAACUAUUAGGAAAAUAUUUGUAACUACUUAUGUACAUUGAAAUUACUCAACAAGUGACUUAUGUAGGACCUUGUUUAUUAGAUUAAUCUUCCAAACUUGGCAAAGUUCUAUUGCAAUUAUGGCUCUUCCAUCCUAUGAUUCAACUAUCUUCCAUUGCUACCAUAAUAGGAGCUUUAUCAAUCACCUGUCCUGUGAUAUCACCAUAGAUCUUGUCUUUUGGGGAGAUUACUGGCAGUGGAAACAAAGUCUUUGACUGCACCCAACUUAAGAGUCUUACAUUUGCACACAAUGUUUGCUGACAAGCACUAUGAUCUUCAUUUAUGAACUGCUCCAGGAAACACAGGAAAGGUCAGAAAAGGCAAAGAUGCAUCACUGUUCUUAAGUAUUGUUCUUUAUGUUGCUCUAUUUUAAAAAAUAUAAAUAGUAUGUAGGUGAAAGACAACCAUGUAUUUUUAAAUACAUAUUUCAAAUGAUAGCACUUGCCCAGGCAAGGGUAAAAUUUCACUUUAAUGCAAAAAUUUUAAAUGCAUGCUUUGUAUGUAUUCAUUGAUCACUGGAGAGUAUUUUGUAGUCAUCAGACUCCUGAAAAAGGUCAAAGUUAUAGAUACGGUAUGGAAAGAGGCCCUUCAGCCUAUAGUAAACCACCCAUUUGCACUAAUCCUAUAUUAAUUCCAUAUUUUAUUCUCCCCACUGUCCAAUUCAUCUACACACUGUGGAAAUCCUAAUGCUUAAUUAACUUACCUGUGCGGCUUAGGAGGAAGUCUGUCUAGGCACAUGUAUUCUCUGAGGCGGUGAUUGACCUUAAGCCUCUGGCACUGUACCACUGUGCAGAGACAACUUGCUUCUCCAAAGCAUUAUGUAUAAUUCUAAAGCAGUUGUCUUUGGAAUGUGUGAUCAGGACAAGGCCAGCAUCUAUUUCCUAUGACCUCUUGCCCCUGAGGCUGUGGUGUUUCUGCCAUAUUUGAUAGGAGGUCCCAAGAUUUUGUCCUUUUGUCAUCGCAUUUUAUAGAAAAUUGUUACAGUUCAAAGCUAACCUUUAGAAGUUGAAUUUUUAUAUAUAUUUGGACAUUUAUAACCAUAUAACAAUUACAGCAUGGAAACAGGGCAUCUCGGCCCUUCUAGUCCAUGCCAAAUGCUUACUCUCACUUAGUCCCACUGACCUGCACUCAGCCCAUAACCGUCCAUUCCUUUCCUGUCCAUAUACAUAUCCAAUUUUUUUUUAAAUGACAAAAUCGAACCUGCCUCUACCACUUCUACUGGAAGCUCAUUCCACACAGCUACCACUCUCUGAGUAAAGAAGUUUCCCCUGGUGUUACCCUUAAACUUUGCCCCUUAACUCGUGUCCUCUUGUUUGAAUUUCCCCUAUUUAUAACCUUAAGUGUGUUUAGUAUUUAAAAAGGGAAAUCAAUUGCACUGUAAACAAGUGCAUGCUAUAUAACUAAUCAAUAUUUUAAGAAAUAUCUCCAUGCUAGGAAUUCUUUAAUUCUGUUGUAUAAGAAAUAGGCAUAUAAAUUAUUCAAUACAGAACCUAGUUUACCUUACCCUACACUGAGAACUGCCUACAUGUUAGGCUUAGUACAAAUAGUUCAAAAAGCAAGAAAAUAGUCAUAAGUUUUACUUGAAUUUACUAUUGUUAUUGUAUGACCAAGGCAUUGGGCAAAAUUCAUGUUCAGAUAGUGGACAUUGGUGACUUCAUUUAAUCACUUUGAAAUAUGUGAAACAAAAUUUGUGCAUGAAAUAAAAAUACUUAUCUGUACAAA